CACAGAAACUUUUUUUUGUCCCCGUCUCUUUAGUGAGUUCAGAUCCGCUUCUUCCCGAAGUCUAACGGAGAAAAGAAGAAGAAGAAGAAGAAGAAGAAGAACUAAUAAAGAAGUGAAGUUAGAAGUGAAGUUAGACGCGGGUAGAGACGGAGAAGGAGAAGGAGAAGGAGCGCUUGUUUUCUCCACUAUGAUCCUGUGAGCUCCUCCGUCUGUCUCCGUCUCCCGGGACCCGAGCUGCGGACGGGACGCCGAGAAGGAGGCGCCCGGAGCGGGGAGCAGGAGGGAGGAGGGCCGCUGCUGCUGCUGAGGAUCCGGAGGGACCGUGGGACAGAGAUGUAGCAUGUGUGUUGGUGUGACCGGCGGACCAUCAUGCACCUCUUCUUGCUGCUGAUCCUUCAAGCCACAGCAGCCAUCGGACAGAUCGACCCAGUACACUGUCGCUAUGCUCUGGGCAUGGAGGAUGGACGCAUCCCAGACGACGCCAUCACAGCAUCCAGCCGAUGGUACGAGACCACGGGGCCGCAGUACGCCAGGUUGAACCGUGAGGAGGGAGACGGAGCCUGGUGUCCUGAAGGACAGCUGGAGCCCUCAGACAGUCCUCAGCAGUACCUGCAGGUGGACCUGGGCAGACUCACCUUCCUGACCGUGGUCGGCACUCAGGGACGAUACGCCAGGAACUCUGGGAACGAGUUCGCCCGGGCCUACCGGGUCAACUACAGCAGAGACGGCCUGGUCUGGAAGUCCUGGAGGAACCGGCUGGGAAACCCGGUAAUUGAGGGCAACAAGAACGCCUACGACAACCUCAUCAAGGACCUCUACCCUCCCAUCAUCACCCGGCACGUCCGCCUGAUCCCAGUCACCCAGCUGUCCACCACCGUCUGCAUGAGGGUGGAGCUGUACGGCUGUCCAUGGGACGACGGCCUGAUCUCCUACAGCGCUCCGGAGGGUCAGCUCAUGAUGCCCCCCGGUUACCCCAUCGCUAGCCUCAACGACUCCACCUACGACGGAGCGCACGAAAGGAGGAAGCUGUCUGGCGGCCUGGGCCAGCUGACGGACGGCGUGAUCGGCCUGGACGACUUCCUGCUGACGCGGCAGCACAACGUGUGGCCGGGCUACGACUACCUGGGCUGGAGGAACGACUCGCUGGGAACUCAGGGUCACGUGGAGAUGGAGUUUGUGUUCGACAGGCAGAGGAACUUCACCUCCAUGAAGGUUCACAGUAACAACAUGUUCUCCCGGGGCGUGAAGAUCUUCUCCUCUGUCUCCUGUUGGUUUAAGCCCCGCCUUAUCGCUGGCUGGGAGGCGGAGCCUGUGGCGUUCAACACGGUGCUGGACGACAGGAACCCGAGCGCACGCUACGUCACCGUGCCGCUGAACCGCCGCGGAGCCAAAUCCCUCCGCUGCCGUUUUUACUUCGCUGACGUCUGGAUGAUGUUCAGCGAGAUCUCCUUCCAGUCAGGUAACGCACAUGAGGACACCAUCCUCCCGACCCAGAUGACGCUGGUGGUGACCUCCACUCCUCCGACGACCGUAGGCGGCACCUUCACCACGGUGCCACAGACAGCCAACCCCUCCGCCAGUGACCCUCCAGACGACGGCAACAAGCCCAUCCUGAUUGGCUGCCUGGUGACCAUCAUCCUGCUGCUGGUCAUCAUCAUCUUCCUCAUCCUCUGGUGCCAGUACGUCUGCAAGGUUCUGGAGAAGGCUCCACGUCGCAUCCUCGACGAGGAGAUGACGGUUCGUCUGUCGUCCUGCAGCGACACCAUCAUCCUGCAGACUCCCCCGGUUCCCCCUCGCACCGGCCCCGUCAACGCUGACCCCCACUACGAGAGGGUUUUCCUGUUGGAUCCACAGUACCAGAACCCGGCGGUGCUGAGGAACAAACUCCCAGAGCUGUCUCAGAGCGCAGAGGCCUCGGCUCUCCUCCUCGGUAAUCCUCUCUACGACCUCCUCCUGCUGACUUCCUGUCACAUGACGCCAGGCUGGCUGCGUGCCUGUGGAGGAGGCUACGCUGAGCCGGACAUCACCCAGUGCACGCCGCAUCAGUGUUUCCAUAGUAACGCGCCUCACUAUGCAGAGACAGACAUCGUGAGGCUGCAGGGCGUCACCGGUAGCAACAUGUACGCCGUCCCCGCCCUCACCGUGGACUCCCUCACCAGGAAGGACAUCUCUGCCGCCGAGUUCCCACGGCAACAGCUGAUUUUCAGGGAGAAGCUCGGGGAGGGGCAGUUUGGAGAGGUCCAUCUGUGUGAGGCUGAAGGACUCCCAGAAUUCCUUGGGGAAGGGUCGCCCCUCCCUGACAGAGACGGACACUCAGUGCUGGUGGCGGUCAAACAGCUGAGGGCCGACGCCACCAGUCAGGCCAGGAACGACUUUCUGAAGGAAAUAAAGAUCAUGUCCCGUCUGAACGACCCCAACAUCAUCCGGCUGCUGUGCGUGUGCGUGUCGUCCGACCCGCUGUGCAUGGUGACCGAGUACAUGGAGAACGGGGACCUCAACAUGUUCCUGUCGCAGCGGGAGAUCGAGAGCACGCUAACGCACGCCAACAACAUCCCCUCCGUCAGCCUCUCCGACCUCCUCCACAUGUCGGUGCAGAUCUCGUCGGGGAUGAGGUACCUGGCGUCUCUGAACUUCGUCCACCGGGACCUGGCCACCAGGAACUGCCUGCUGGACCGCCGCCUCACCAUAAAGAUCGCCGACUUCGGGAUGAGCCGGAACCUGUACAGCAGCGACUAUUACCGCAUCCAGGGCCGCGCCGUGCUGCCGAUACGGUGGAUGGCCUGGGAGAGCAUCCUGCUGGGUAAGUUCACCACAGCCAGUGACGUGUGGGCGUUCGGUGUCACCCUGUGGGAGAUCUUCACCCUGUGCAAGGAGCAGCCCUACAGCCUGCUGUCCGACGAACAGGUCAUAGAGAACACUGGCGAGUUCUUCAGGAACCAGGGGCGUCAGAUCUUCCUCUACGCCCCCCCGCUCUGCCCGCCGUCUCUGUUUGAGCUCAUGAUGCGUUGCUGGAGUCGUGACAUCCCCGACCGACCCUCCUUCGAGGGACUCUACCAAGCCCUGCGGCCCCACGUCAACCAGUGAGCCGGGGGUUCGUGGGCCGGGGGUUCGUGGGCCGGGGGCGGGACAGUCGCUAGCUGGACUUUUGUUGGACGACGGACUGACACAAAGAAGACCGAGGACUGGAAUUAUACGGCGAGUUGCUGACGGAGACGAUGGGGAAACUGGCAGAGCUGUGGGGAGAAGGUUGGUUGAAGUGGUUCUCAGAUAACAGAAGAAACUCAGAGGAGGAACGUUUAACUGAGCGCUCCUUAGUGGAUCAUUAUUUCUAAGCUUUCUAAGAUUUCUCCUCUUUGGUCAAAAUGGACCUUGUGGUGUUUUUUCUUUGUGCCAAAGAUUGCCUUAAACUUUAAACUCUUCCUCCUGUCUUUGGUUUCCUAUCCAGAUGUUUCAGCCCCUGUGGUUUUUAUUUGUAUUGUAAAGCACUGUGUCUGUGUCUCUCAGUUAUUCGUGUUCAUAUAUUAACCCACACUGGAGCUAGGGCUAGGGUCAAAUCGUAGUGUAGGAUUUUUAUUGUUAGGUUUUUAUUUUUUAUUCUAUUUUAUUUGGUUGUUUUUAUGGUAUAUUUUUUUUUCUCUGCGUGUAUUUGUGGAUGAGAAUGUUGAUCAGCUGAGAGGCUGCGUUGGAACAAACCUGUGUGGUUCACAGGCUAAAUAUUAGUCAGUGGGGAACUGUGGAGGAUGUGGGGGAAUGAAUUUCAACUGGAGACGCAUGGAAACCACAAAAAAAAAAAUAGAGUCGUGCUGUUUCAGUUGCCAUAGAGAAAGAAAACAACCACAAAACUUUACUAGAAGUGACAUUUGCUGCGUGAGCGGUGCCACAGGGUGAGGGUCCUCUCAGCACAAGAACAGACUCUGGAAAGAUUAGUCAAGAGGUGAGUAACGGGCUUCUGCAAAAUUCCGAAUUUGUUAAUUUCAACUCAAUUCAUUUGAAUAAUAAUAAUAAUUUGAAUGGAAUUGGCUCCACCCCCACAGGAUGUAGAAUUGGAAUUACAGGAAGUGGAAUUCCAGCCAAGUUUAAAUUCUUGGAAUUUAAUUGGAAUUUGGAUAAAAUUCUAUUUGGAGUUUUGCAUGAGCCUGGUGAGUAGAUGUCGUGGCAUUCAAAGAAAUGUUUUAGGUAUUUUCACUGUGGUAUUUGACAUUGGUUGACGUACAGCAGAAUUACGGAUCGAGCUAAGUCCAGCGAGCUAAGUCAUUAGCCUCCUAAUUAAAGCAACUAAAGAAGUUAAAGAAAACCUGGACCAAGAAGAAACCCACAAACCUGCCACCUGGGAACAAACUUCUUUUGUGGAGAUUUUUCAUUUGUCAGUCGAGAGAAAUGUGGAGGAGCAUGUUCAUAAAAACUACGGCAGUGACUUCCCUCCAGAAAUCAAAAUGACGAAUAAGUGUUGUAGCCUGACUAAAACCUUGAGAAGAGCAACUUCUGUAGAUGCUAGCUAGGUCACUGGCUAGCUAGCUAAACAAGAUUCAAGAUCUCUUUAUUGAUCCCAGCAGGAAAAUUAUUUUGUCCAAGUAGCUACGACAUAAGAAAACCUUAUAUGAACAACACAGUUGAAGUUAAAUAAGAAUAAUAGGUCUAAUUUACAUAUAAUAAACCAUACGGCGUUUCUCUGGGAUUAUAUUCAAGCUAACCGUACUCUCCGCUUGCUGACAGAGUCGGCAAAUAUCCAAGGCUCUUCAGAGGGUGAUAGAAAGCAGCUUAAAUGAACCAUGUGUCCUACUUCUUCAUGGAGCUGGUCAGAGCCGUACAUUUACUAAUGACAUCAAGAAGGUUUCAAUGGAAUAAUAAAAGUGUUUUUCUGGCUUUAAUACAGAUACAGGCAGAUUUAAAUGCCUCUAAAGUGGCUGCUUCUGCAGUAAAAAGGUGGAUGUGCAGGAAACUACGUCUUCAUGAAAAUGCAAAAUGUAGAUUGUGAGAUUAAGCUUCAACCAGCAGAGCAAAGACACAUUUUCACACCGAACACUGGUUCAAUUAAAUGGAUCAGUAUGAUGAGAUUUAAGGAAGUAACGACACCAGAAAUUUGGUUGCUGGCACCAUUAGCAUCAAAGUUCUACCAGAUCCGACCUCCUGUUACAUGUCGGCUAAAAACCAACGACGUUGGUCCGUAGUCGUCGUGGUGCAAACCCUGAGUCUCACAGCUCUCCCCUUACAAACAGGGCUAGAGUCAGCUAGCAUGCUAAGUGACGCAUGGCUAACAGAGCCCACGUGGCUAGCCUGUUAGCAUUAGCACUAGUCACUUUGUCUCCGAGCUCUGAGCGCCAUCCCCCCUCCCGUUGGGUGACUUCCCGGUAUCAACGUCAUUGUCUAAUAAAAUGUAAAAAGUAGAAACACGUAUUUUUUUCAUCUCUGAGUGAAUGUGUAUUAAAUGGAUGCAGUAUUAGUUCAAAUCCACCCUGAAAGUGACGUGGCGCAAACAGAGGAAGACCAAAUCCGUUCGCUCGUUGUUUUUAUCUCGUCAGUCGUGUCGUGUUGUCUGUACUGUAUCUCGUUCUUCUGUCAGUGUUUGUGUUUGAAUUGUGUUUUCGACAUUCCUUCGAGCACUGGGAGCUAGCUGGGACUAAAGUGGUUAACUGCUUCUGUGGUGCCAAAUCACGAGAUUAAAAUAAGUGAGGGAAGGAGGGCGUUUUGUUUUUUUAGAACAAGAACUAGAAGGAAACCACUAAACUCAACCUCCCAGAAUCCUUUGCUACAGUGAGCCUGUGUAUUGGAGAGAUCUUUUAGUUUGAUAGUGUACAGUAAAUAAAACGUGAUUGCUAAUAUCUCAGUGUGUGAAUGCAGAUUAGGUGUGGUAAUUGUUAAUCUAUCAGAAUUUAUAGUAUUAUUCCUGAUUCUUUCUAAUGUGGGAAGGUGUUUGGUGUUUUUGUUUUAUUUUUUCUUUUCAGGUUGAGCAGAUGUGGACUUUUUUUUUUCCUGCUGUGUUCAGUCCAGUUUCACGUCCACACUGAUUUUCACUCCAGUCUUCAGUAUCAACUCAGACGUAUAUUGUACAUAGGCUAGUAGCUGUGUAUAUUAAUAUAUUGGGAGCUGGGAUCUUUGCAUCCUCUGGUCCCAAGUCAUUUUCACUCUGUACUCUCCCAUGUCUCGGUUUGUCUUUCUUAUAAUAAAGAGUAAAAGUUGUCAAACCAAA